UGUGGAGCCAGGGCCAGGGAGGGUCAUUUGAGGUUGAAGUUGAGGUUGGUUGUGGAGGUGUAAAACUGUAGGACUGAAUGGAGUAGGCCGGAGGUGUACUGGUGGGCAUUUUACACCAAAACGGCAACUCUUAAAGCUGAACUUUUCCUCAGGCGAGCUACUUUGGAUACUUUUGGAUAUUUUUCGCUUCUCUGAUCAUUUUGUUACACUUGAAACUGAUGAACAGAUUUUAAACCAGUCACAACUUUAACUUUUUUGUUUGUUUGUUUGUUUAACUUCCAAGACGAGCAAGCUCUUUUUUUCGGGCAUGUCUGACAGACCCCAGAGUCCCGACUGCCAAAUCCGGCCCUAUGAUUUCAGCCGGACGAACACUUCCAACCAAGUUCUGGGUCAGGAUACAUUGGGCAGCGCUGCGUCAUUCCAGCUCCCUCAUGGCAUGCUGCCAGACCCGGGCCUUUUCUACAACAAACCCGCGUAUGGAGGCAUAACACCAGCUUCAGCGCAGACCCUUUUUUCAUUCCCACCCGUCACCAGCGACUAUAGGGGGUCCGAUCUACAGGCAGGAGAGUUCGGGCAACCCAAGCACUGGUAUCCCUUUGCUGCACCCGAGUACACCGGCCAGGUACCCGGGGUUACCGCAGCUACCCAGCCUGUAAAUCUGAGUCCUCCUAUAGCCGAGACUCGAGAGCAAAUCAAACUCCCGGACAUAAAGUCCGAGAAGGACAGCGGUGAUGACGGCUUCCCAGUGGAGAUAAAGGUCCAGCAGUACCCGGCCUCAGCCGCUGUGCCCCAUGGAGUAUUUUAUCCCCCAGCCUGGAACCCAACCUUCUGGCCCGGAAUCACCCACAUCACUCCACCUGGAAGCAGUAAUCAAAAUCCCUCUACAUCUUCUGCUUCCUCCCCAUCUAUGUCUCCUUCGCCUCCGAGCAGUGGCGUCCCAGGAAACGCUUUUUUCAGCCUGAACAAUACUCAGGCCCCCUCAGGGCCCCAGGCGCCCAAUCCGGCCUCUUCUGCGCGGAGCAGCGGCUCCUCCAGCGGUGGCUGCAGUGACUCCGAGGAGGUAAGACAGUCAUUGAAUCAGGGUAAUAAAAUCUCUCUCACUCCGUGUUUAAACACCAGCAUAAACGAGCUCACGUUUUUAAAUGUCCACCUUUAUUUUGCUCGUUUAUCAGGAAAAUCUUUCCACUGAAGAGUUGGAGCAGUUCGCCAAGGAGCUGAAACACAAACGCAUCACUUUGGGUUUUACGCAGGCGGAUGUUGGAUUAGCCCUUGGUAACCUGUAUGGUAAGUUUGGUUCCUGUAAAUCACCUCCUGGUUUAAAGAAGGACCUUGUGCUAUCUGUUAAAUUUGGGGGACUUUAAUCUUUAGAUGCCACGUUUCCUCCAACCUGACUUUGGGAUUAUAGAAGCACUCCCAACACCAUGGAUUUCAGAUUUGUUAUCUGGGUCUGGAGAAAAAAAAAAGUAUUUUUGGUGAUAAUGUAGCACCUGCUCUACUCAUGUUUUCAUGUUUUGCAAACUUCUUUAAUUCGUAAGGGAGACAAUGACCAAAACUCCAAAGUUUGCAGUUGAUUGAAAUCGACUUUGAAAGCAGUUGAAGGAGAGCCUGCUCUGGAUUCAGACAUGUUGGUAACUUUCUAAUCUGCUUUUUUCUUGUACGCAGGUAAGAUGUUCAGCCAGACAACAAUCUGUCGCUUCGAGGCCUUACAGCUGAGUUUUAAGAACAUGUGCAAGCUGAAGCCCCUUCUUCAGAGAUGGCUGAAUGAGGCAGAGACUUCGGAAAACCCCCAGGAUGUAAGUCUGCAGCUCUUUGACAUCUGCCAACUACUUUACAAGACAACAAAUGAUCACAAAGCAUCACAGGAUCAGUCGGUCUUUUUAAGGACUUUCAAACUUCCUGCUGAGCAAACCGAGGUCCUGUGGUCUUGAGAACCAGUAUGAGCCAUCUAGUGGUCUACUGCAACUGUGGAUUUAUAACCUUUUUCUGUUUUGAGUAAACAUGUGUCUGAUUCCACAGAUGUACAAGAUUGAGCGAGUGUUUGUAGACACUAGGAAGAGGAAGAGGAGGACCAGUCUGGAAGGAGCUGUGCGCUCUGCUCUGGAGUCUUACUUCAUCAAGUGUCCCAAACCCAACACCCAGGAGAUCACACACAUCUCAGAUGACCUGGGUCUGGAGAGGGAUGUAAGUACCAGCACCCGAAGACAUGAAGAUUGUAGUUUUUGAGGAAUGCGUGAAGUUGACCAAGUUUCUAAGAGUCAGGUGCUUUUUUUUUUUGGCAGGUCGUCCGCGUUUGGUUCUGCAACAGAAGACAGAAAGGAAAGCGUCUUGCCCUGCCACUAGACGAGGAGUGCGAUGGCCAAUACUAUGAGCAGAGUCCGUCUCCACUGAACAUGGCCCCCUCUCCCAUUCCUGGCCAGGGCUACCCUCCAUCCAGCUACCCCAGCGCCCCUCCUCCUACACUCUACAUGCCCCCCCUGCACCGACCAGAAGUCCUGAAACAAGCCCUGCACCCUGGACUGGUUAGUCACCUGACUGGAUAAGCAAGCUCAGGCAGAAGCACAGAUUGCCUUCCCAAGGCGUAACCAUCCAACCCAAACUCAAGCUGAGCCUCUGGUUUAAGUAACCAUGUUUUUGGAUCUACUGCAGAGAAACGGAUCUCACUUGAAGAAAUGAUAUCUCAAGGAAAUGCUGUGGCCCACAUCCUUUUCCCAGACCUGAGACUAAACAACAGUUAUUUCAACCUAAAACUGACGUUGCUCAUGCUUUGUUUGGUCUUGAAAGUUGUGUGGUAAAACUAUUUUGUAAAGUGUAUUCAUCACAGGCUCCCAAAAAAAUCACCAGUGUUUCUUCCAGUCCACUUAUAGGUUGUAAAAUCAGAAGUGACUAAAGAGCCAGGAGUGUUUUGUCAAACUUCAACUAGAUCGAGGGAAGGUUUACUGUGCCUCUGAUGGGGAAAGGUACUGUCUCAUUGAAUGACCACAAAGUUCCACCAGUUAAGUUAACGUGUGUGCAAUACGAAUGUGUCUUAAAUGAAAAGAGCAGCUGCAGUUUUGUCCAAAAAAAUUUAAAAUGGAAAAUCUAAACCUUCAUUUUGGGUGCAUGUUUCCACAGAUUUUGCACAAAGUUGCUUUUUUGAUAUUGAGUUUUAUAUUUUUUUGUAUAUUUGUGCCCCAUGUAAACCACGCUCAGUGGAUAAAUUUUCAGUGAUGCUUUUAGCUUUAAUGGGAGCGGAAAGAUUGAGGAUGAUGUUUUGGGAUAUGUGACAAAUGAGAUGUUAUUCAUGUGUCUUUGCUGGUACCUCUGCAUAUUGCACACUUUUCAAAAAUGAUGUCUUAACUCAGACAACGGAAAGUAAAACCAAAUGGUAUUUGGAGACUUCAUUAUGAUUUUACUUGAAGGAUGUUUGUUAAUGAAAUGUAGCGUCACAAUAAGUCAGGUUUGGGCGCUCUCAAGGGUAUUUCUCUAUUCUUCUUGUUUUGAUAGUACUCUAAAAUGUUUCAGCAAGCCAUGAUCCCAUACUUGACAGUUAAGAUAUGAACAGGAAAGAGUAAGUUUGGAGUAAUUGUAGACAUUAAUAUGUCCGUAUCGUAACAUGCCAGAUAAGUAUUUACCACUUUUAACCAGUAUUUGAAAGGACAAUCAUUCCUGUUAGGCUCCAAACAGUUUCUUCCUCCCAGAAUAUAUAUCAAUUAAGUUAUAAUUUAUUAAAAUUUUAGCUACAUCUAGAAUCUUCAAACUGUACCAUAACAUAUCUUUGCAUUCAGUCAUUCACUCUUGGUUAAACUUUAUGUAUGUACAUAUGUUUCUUUUUAUUUUCCAG